AUGUACGUUGAGAAACUAAAACUUUGGAUACUUAAAGUGUCAAUGAACCCCAGCAACUAUUCAAGUUUCAGCAAAGUAGUGUCAGUCUCAGAAGAAGUAUGUUUUGAGGACGUUUUUGAAGGACCGCUUUUGAAAAACUUGAUAAUUGACCAUUUGAAGAACCUCAAGGAGGAGUUCAGCAGGUACUUUCCUAACUUGUCAGAGGAGUUGUACAAACUAUCAACUGACCCGUUCAACAUGGACAUACAGUUGCUGCCAGAAGAGUUGCAAGAGGAGGGAAUAGAAAUAAAAAAUGACUCUGUUGCAAGAUACGAUUUUGACAAAAUGGACAAGCCCUCAUUUUGGUUAAAGUACUUAAAAGUUUUACCCCAGUGUUUCAGGGAAAGCUGUUCGGAUGUACUUGUCAUUUUCAACACAACAUACAUGUGCGAAAAAGCGUUUUCAACUCUUGUGGCGAUCAAAACCAAGUACCGCAACAAACUUGAUGUCGAAAGUGACCUACGCUGUGCUUUGUCUGAAACUCAACCCAGGAUCUGUCAGCUUAUCCAGAACAUGCAAGCGCACCCCAUCUCACUAAAUUAG